AUGGAGGCCUACGAGCAGGUCCAGAAGGCGCCCCUGAAGCUGAAAGGCGUGGCAGAGCUCGGAGUGACUAAGCGGAAGAAGAAAAAGAAGGACAAAGACAAGGUGAAACUGCUGGAAGCGAUGGGAACAAGCAAAAAGAACGAGGAGGAGAAGCGGCGCGGCCUGGACAAGUGGACACCGGCCCAGGCGGCCUUCGAGAAGAUGCAGGAGAAGCGGCAAAUGGAAAGGAUCCUGAAGAAAGCAUCCAAAACCCACAAGCAGAGAGUAGAGAACUUCAACAGACACCUGGACACACUCACGGAGCACUAUGACAUUCCCAAAGUCAGCUGGACAAAGUAGCCUCCCCUCCUGGGGUAUGGAGUGGCAUCAAGGAGAAGCAGAAGGCAAAGUUGGGGUUAUAUUUGGUGCCUUUGGUAUUUUCUAGAAACAUUCUUUUACACACAUCCUUGCAUCAUCUGCUGAGACAGUGCUUUUCAAAGCUGUAUGUCCUCAUUCUGGAACUUGAUUAAAAUAAGACCGUCCUUUUACUCUAUUUUGAUUUCUCAGUAGCACAUAGACGAGAAACAUUUUUAGUUUGGAAAGUGUAUCCAGAGAUUAAGGUUAUUUCUGUGUAAGUGCCUUGGAGAAGUGGUUUUACCCCCGAGUUGUAUCUGACUCUUUGACAGCCAUCCAGCUGGCUUUGCCUGGAUGAAACCGACUCCAGAGGACAAGGAGCUAAUGCCAGCGUGGCCUGCAGCAUGUACACCCCUGUAGGGCCCUGCACAGGCUGCCCUUCCAAGCUCCCUCUAGAUUGGGGCUUACGCUCUCCCAUCCAGGGCUUGGGGAAGCCACUUGCAGCUAUGGUCUUCAGACUGCCCCCUCAGCCUCCUGGCCAGUGAGACAACACAGCCUGGGAAACAGAACAACCACCUACGGCAAGGAUGGAACGUACACCUUGUCCCUUUCUAAACCUGUGGCCAGCAUGUAGCCUCUUCUCCCAGUAUCCCCAUUCCAGACAUGUCUAGUGGGUGUUGCCAUGGCAGGCAUUGCCAGUCAAGCACAGCAUUCUUUGUAAUGGAACCCAGACACAGCCAGCCAUCUUACUUUCAACCCUGGGCUCCAAGCAGCCCCCUGUAUUUAUUUAGAGUUGGCACAUAACAUGUUUGGCGUUACUGGCCUA